AUGGCCAAAAGUAUUAUCGAACGAACUACUUGUGCCCAAGUCACCCACCUUCUCCACACAGUGUUUCUUUUCACGAAGAACGACUACCCUCUUGUGUUCGCACCAAAUAUCUUGACCGGAAUGGUGCUUGCCGGCCCCACAGAUCUGAGGUCGUUUGUAGCAGCAUGCGUCUGGCUAAACCUUCAUCUAUUGGCGUUUAAUAUUCAAAACCAGCUGGUCGGGGUGGAGGAAGACCGCCUAUGCAAACCUUAUAGACCGUUUCCUUCAGGGAGAAUAACUGUACAACAAGGACGAUUACUUUAUCUCGCUGUCGUCGCCGCCUCAAUCGCUUGGAGUUUCUGCCAUGACCUGGUCCUCCUCAGUGUCAUUUACUCCUGCGGGACAACGCUGUAUAACGAAUUGGGACUGGCAGCAAAUCCCUUCUUAAAAACUCCGAUGGGCGGGAUUGCCUAUAUUUGCUACAGUUGGGGUGCGACCUUCAUAAUUGGCCACCAUCAGCCAUUGAGUGCUAAUUCUCUCUACGCAAUUAUGAUGAGCGGAUUGAUAUUCUCCCUUACUGGACACAUGCAGGACUUCAGGGACCGUUCUGGCGAUGCUCUUAUGGGCCGUAGAACCAUCCCUAUCAUUCUUCCUCAGGGCGUAGCCCGUUGGUCUCUACUAUUCAUUAUUGCCACGUUCACGUACGGGUUAAUCGUAUUAUGGUCUCCGCCCUUUUUUGUUACUAUCGUGUUCACGGCCCUCUUUCUCGUUACUGUCGUGACCCUGGUGGCGACCCAUUCAGAAGAGGCUGAUCGCGUAAACUUCCACUGGUAUGAGCUGUGGUUGAUUUGUGCUCACCUCUUGCCCCUUUUUAGACGCAUAGCGGACGGAGAGGUUGAACUUCCAGGAACAUUUCUAUUCAGCCAUUUAAAUCUAGCGUGA